AUGCCGCCGACGGUCGUCGCCCGUUGCUCCAGAGCACAUCUCUUUCGACAACAUACCAGAGCAUGCCAAAAGGUCUCCCAGCUCCAAACGCAUGAUUUUAAUCUAAUAACACCAAUUUCUCUCCGCCAAUUCUCCUCAGCCUCCUCGUCCUCAUCCUCACCCUCAGAUGAAACCGAUCUAUCUACCGUCCUCUCGACGCCCACCUGGUCCAUAAAAUCCCUCCUCCGAGACUUAACCGACAUCCCAGAUACCCCAGUAUCCCGGACCCAACUCCACCACCUCCUCCGCCUCUCUGCUCUCCCUCCGCCUUCUUCUCCUUCAGAAGAAGCAUCCAUGCUUAAAACCCUCUCAUGCCAAAUCCACUUUGUCAAGCAGGUCCAGCAAAUCGACACCACGGGAGUCACGCCGCUUCGCAGUAUACGAGAUGAGACGGACGAGGCGCAUAAGGAAAAUACAAUCAAUAUAGAACGGCUCAGAGACUCGCUGGAACGGGAAGAAUUUGUGGGCCGGAAUCGGAGGAUUCGUCGACGUCGACCCGACAAGAUGGAGCAUCCGGACGAAGGAUCAUGGGAAGAGAAAGAUGCAUUGUUGAAAUCUGCAAGUAAGAUGAUGGGCAAAUUCUUUGUUGUUCAAUCAAGCGAAGCAAAAGCAGAGUGA